CCACAACCGAUUGCUUCCUCAAACCAUUCGCAAAAAGCCCUACGAGCACUCUUCACGUACUUAUCAGCCUGACUCAUCCUCAGAAUUCUAGCCCGCCAGAUAUACAUCUCAAACAAACCAUUACAACCACCAAGCCCUCUCCUCCGACGAGCGCCUGUCCGCUGUUCAAUCUAAUCCCGCCCCCCCACAAGAAACAAGCCAACACUCACACUCACUUCCACACCUUCACCCCUUUUUCCAGAACCAGAACCACAAUGUCUACACCAACUCAGCUCCAUCCAGAACAGCAACAGCAACAACAGCCACAACCCCAAGAACCACAACCCAACCCACAACAACAAGAAGAACAAAAAGACCACCUCCCCCCGCACCUAAACCCCCUCACCUACCCCCGCACAACCACCAACCCAACCCUCAACACCCACAUCACCCUAACCUACGACCCCCUCGACGCCAACGCCGCCUUGGCCAAAGUAUCCUCGCCGCAGGCCGGCGCCAACGUCCUCUUCCUCGGCACCACGCGCGACACCUUCGGCGACCGCGCGGUCGCGCAGCUCAGCUAUACGGCGUACCCGCCGUUGGCGCUGAAGACGCUAGUCAAGAUCGCCGAGAACGCAGUCCAGAAGCACGGGCUGCUGGGGGUGGUGAUCGCGCACCGGCUGGGGGAUGUGCCGAUUGGGGAGAGCAGUAUUGUGAUUGCGGUGAGCGCGGGCCAUCGGGGCGCGGCGUGGCGGGCGGGCGAGGAGGUGCUGGAGCUGUGUAAGGAGAAGGCGGAGAUCUGGAAGCGGGAGGUGUUUGUCGAUGGGGCCGGCGAGUGGAGGGAGAAUCGGGAGAGGGAUCGCGAAGGGAAUUUGGUGGGGUGA